AUGCAUAUAGCAUUAGUAUUACUGCAUCUGCUGCUGCUGCUUAAUCCCUCCAGUUUCCACAAGCAUGAAGCCAAAGCUGAUGUUCUUGGCAGCAACCAUAGGCGUUGUGGUGUUUUCAGUCUUGAUUUCCCGCAACGCCGUCGCGUCGGGUUUCCGUCUAUCAGUAAUACUAAAAACCGAGCAGCAGCAGCGGUAAAUCUUUCAAAUCGCCAUAAUUUUGAAGUUGUUCCGAUUGUAGUGGGAAGUAGUAAUAGUAGCAAUGCUGCUUCUGCCGUUGGUCCUGAAAGCUUCGUCUUCGACGCUCUAGGUCCCUAUACUGGAGUAUUGGAUGGCCGUAUCGUCAAAUGGGAUCAGCAUAAACACCGGUGGAUCAAUUUCGCUCUAACUUCUCCAAAUAGAGAUGGUUGUGAAGGGUCACAUGAACACGAUCAAACCGAGCACAUUUGUGGUCCAUUAGGCCCUUGUUUCAACCAAACAACUGGUGACCUUUACAUUGUUGAUGCUUACAUGGGGCUCCUCGUUGUGGGCCUUGAAGGCGGCUUGGCUACUAUGGUGGUGACACAUGUACAUGCCAUUCCAUUUGGAUUUACCAAUCGCUUAGACAUCGAUCAAGAAGAGAGAGUAGUGUAUUUCACAGAUAGCAGCUCAAAAUAUCAGAGAAGGAUUCACAUUUCUGUGACAUUGAGUGAGGAUAAAACUGGAAGACUAAUGAAAUAUGACCCGAAAACCAAACAAGUACAAUUUGUUCUUGAAAACCUGUCAUUCCCAAAUGGGGUGGCAUUGAGCAAAAUGGGGGACUUCAUUCUAAUUGCAGAGACCACACAUUGCAGGAUUCUAAGGUACUGGUUGAACACCUCUAAUGAAGGAACUUGUGAAACGUUUUCUCAACUUCCGGGAUUUCCAGAUAACAUUCGAAGGAGUCCUAGAGGAGGAUUUUGGGUGGGAAUCCAUUCGAAAGGACUAUGGAUAUUGAAGUGGACUCUUUCAUACACUUUGACAAGAAAGACUGAUCUCAUUCCCCUUGACAUUACGAAAGCUUAUUCAUACAUGGCAAAGUGGACUACUGGGAGUGGCUUUGCAAUCAGGUUGAGUGAGCAAGCUACUGUGCUGGAAUUGCUUGAGGAUACAAGUGGAAAUAGUCUAAUAGAUAAGUUUAUUAGUGAAGUGGAGGAGAAAAAUCAAACUCUUUGGAUUGGAUCAGUAAAUAUGCCAUUUGCAUGCAAGUAUAGAAUCGAAAGGUCUCCUACCUUGGGGACUUUUGAAGUCAAUGAGCAAGGAGACAAAGGAAAGAAGGUGACCGGUUGCUGGAAUACUAUGUUCUUUGGUCUAUUUGCUGGUCUCAACGGCAGAUAA